AUGGGGAGAGAAAAUGAGACAGCAGUGAAGCUGCCGGCACCUUCACUGCCUCAGAUGAUGGAAGGGAACGGAAACGGCCAUGAGCACUGCAGCGAUUGCGAGAACGAGAAGGACAACAGCUACAACCGGCGUGGCUUGAGUCCAGCCAAUGACACUGGAGCCAAAAAGAAGAAGAAGAAACAGAAGAAGAAGAAAGAGAAAGGCAAUGACACAGAUUCGGUACAGGGUCAGACUGUGACGAUGAACUCUUUGCCAGCAGAGAGUAUCCAAGAAAUACAAAAGGCCAUUGAGCUGUUCUCAGUGGGUCAGGGACCUGCCAAAACCAUGGAGGAGGCCAGCAAACGAAGCUACCAGUUCUGGGAUACACAGCCAGUCCCCAAAUUGGGUGAAGUGGUAAAUACCCACGGGCCAGUGGAACCUGACAAGGACAACAUUCGCCAGCAGGGCUUCACCAGGGAUGCCUUGGACCUGGGAGACUGUGGUGUGCUGAAAGAACUCUACACCCUUCUGAAUGAGAACUACAUGGAAGAUGACGAUAACAUGUUCCGAUUCGAUUACUCCCCAGAGUUUCUCCUGUGGGCUCUGCGGCCACCUGGCUGGCUCCCACGGUGGCCCUGCGGGGUUCGAGUGGUCUCAAGUCGGAAACUGGUUGGGUUCAUCAGUGCCAUCCCAGCAAACAUCCACAUCUACGACACAGAGAAGAAGAUGGUGGAAAUCAACUUCCUGUGCGUCCACAAGAAGGUGCACUCCAAGAGGGCGGCUCCAGUCUUGAUCCGCAAGAUAACCCGGCGGGUCCACCUGGAGGGCAUUUUCCAAGCUGUUUACACCGAGGGCUUGGUAUUGCCAAAGCCUGUUGGCACCUGCAGGUACUGGCAUCAGUCCCUAAACCCUCGGAAACUGAUUGAAGUGACGUUCUCCCAACUGAGCAGAAAUAUAACCAUGCAGCUCACCAUGAAGCUGUACCAACUGCCGGAGACUCCCAAGACAGCAGGGCUACGACCAAUGGAGAAGAAGCACAUUCCAGUUGUGUUACAGAAGUUGCUCACCAGGUACUUGAAGCAGUUCCACCUCACGCCGGUCAUGAGCCAGGAGGAGGUGGAGCACUGGUUCUACCCCCAAGAGAACAUCAUUGACACUUUUGUGGUAGAGAAUGUGAACGAUGAGGUGACUGAUUUCCUGAGCUUUUAUAUGCUUCCCUCCACCAUCAUGAACCAUCCAACCCACAAGAGUCUAAAAGCUGCUUACUCCUUCUACAAUGUCCACACCCAGACCCCGCUUCUAGACCUUAUGAGCGACGCCCUUGUUCUAGCCAAAAUGAAAGGGUUCGACGUGUUCAAUGCACUGGAUCUCAUGGAGAACAAGACAUUCCUGGAGAAGCUUAAGUUUGGCAUAGGGGACUGCAACCUGCAGUAUUAUCUGUACAAUUGGAAGUGCCCUAGCAUGGGGGCUGAGAAGGCUGGGUUGGUGUUACAGUAA